GCUGGCCAUUGGGCAUCGUUUGCGGUCCCAUCUUGUCCCCGUUGACCAUUCGUAAUGAAGUUUGGAAAGUACCUUACAGAACGGCGAAAGACACUGCCACCAAAAUGGGCAGACAGUUGCAUAGACUAUGUCCUCUUGAAGAACCACGUCAAGCAACAUGUAAAGCCAUACGGCUUGACAUCGUCUCUGCCUUCUUCUCUUGAGGACAAACCCUUUGCAGACGUAUUUCUCUCGCGAUCGUCCAAACUUCAAGCGGCUGUUGCAGAGUUUUUUCAACUACUGGACAAGGAAAUUGAUCGGUUCGCUGCGCUCUACGAAGCGGAGUGUGAUGACCUUGCAAAGCGCUUUGAGUCUCGAGGCGUUGUAAACGGGACUGGACACGAUGAAGGGAAAUCUUCGGCAAAUCAAAUGCUUCAAGAUUUGGUGAAAUUGGAAAAGUAUGUUUUCUUAAACUACACUGGUAUAACGAAAAUCUUGAAGAAAAAUGAUCGGCAUUCAGGGUUUCGAUUGAGUGAACACUAUAUACUGCGACUUUCGACAAAGCCUUUUUACCGAUCGGAAGAGCUGUCCUUGUUGAAGAAGCGCUUGAUUGACGAAGUCAGCGGCACAUCAUCGCCCCUAAUUCACACCCCUAACCCGCCCCUAAGCCCGAUCGUCACAGACAAGGGCCUUUCUCUCCCCUCAUCAAUUGGAUCGCAAACGCAAAGUCGAAGCUGGUUCCCACCGGCUUCCUUGUUACCCCAGCAGAAAGUGCUUGUCACCAUGACUGGACCCCACGGAACAGAUAUCAUAGGGGCAGUACUUGAAAACCUGGCUCGCUACAAAUGCGAAAUUGAUGACUUUGUGCUUUCUCGAUUGUACCACAACGUGACGUUUGGUUGCCUCAUUCGCUUAGCUUCGGAGAACGUUGAUAUCUUUCGUGACCUUGCGGAAUCUGCGCGAAAAUGGGAUGCUACUCUCUUUUUCGACGUGCAGGAUGCAACGAAAGGCGACCCUGUCGGGAGCUCCCUUGAGGAUGCCCCUUACGAAAACCGCCUCAAAUACACUGCAACGGUGCUCAACCAAAAUGGCCUCACGUCACGCUUUUUACACGCCUGGACCCGAUUGUUAUUGGAUGAGAAGAUAUCUGUAGAGAAAAUGACUCGUCUUUCAGCUUCCGGGGCAAAGUUGUGCUCUGUCGAAUAUAGACUCAGUGUGCCGGCAGAGGUCGAUUUUGACCUCUUCCGUGCAACCCUGUUCCAGAUGAGCAGCGAACAUGGGACUGAUGUAGCGUUGCAACCAAACGAUGUAUACCGAAAGCACAAGCGACUUGUCAUUUUUGACAUGGACUCUACACUUAUUCAACAGGAGGUCAUUGAUGAGAUUGCAAAGCAUGCGGGGGUGGUAGCAGAGGUUGCGAAAAUUACCGAGUCUGCUAUGAACGGUGAAAUCGAUUUCAAAGAAUCACUCCGUCGUCGUGUUGGCUUGUUGAAGGGCACACCUGCGAGCGUUUUAGAGCACGUAAAGACUCAGCUAACUUUCACAGAGGGAGCCCAUUUCCUGUGCAGAGCACUCAAGCGGCUUGGGUUUAAACUGGCCGUUAUAUCUGGAGGCUUCAUGCCUUUGGCACUGCACGUAAAGAACCAACUAGGACUUGACUACGCGUUUGCAAAUCAGCUGAAAGUGUCACCGGAUGGGCAAACGCUAACUGGUGAAACCGUCGGACCGAUUGUUGAUGGCAUGCGAAAAGCAGAACUAUUGGAGGUCAUUGCCCAGGCUGAGUCCGUUACACCUGAACAGGUUAUUGCAGUAGGGGACGGUGCAAAUGAUCUGUGGAUGUUAGCAGCGGCGGGGCUGGGUAUUGCUUUCAAUGCCAAGCCAAGAGUGCAAAAGGAGGCGCGCGCACGGAUCAACCAGACUAGUUUGCGAAAUGUGCUCUAUCUUUUAGGAUAUACAGAUGACGACGCAAAACAAUUAGCAGAGAUGUGAAUAAGGAGAUAGUGUAGCUUAGUUAUAGAGGACCGAUGACAUGAUGUCGAAUGUACGUGUUAUUAACUCGAUCAGCCGAAUUUUACUGAGCAAGAC